CUGCUCCUCAAGUACUGUUUCCUCUGUGUCUGGUUUUUGUCUGAAAAUGGCAUCGUCAGUAGUAGAAGAAGUGAAAGUGCCAAGAAUCAAGCUGGGCUCGCACGGCUUUGAAGUUUCAGCUCAGGGAUUGGGUUGCCUGGGGAUGUCAGCCUUCUACGGGCCGCCAAAGCCCGAGCCCGACAUGAUCAAAGUUAUUCACUAUGCUAUUAGCAGAGGCAUCACUCAUCUUGACACCUCCGAUUUUUAUGGACCCCAUACCAAUGAAUUACUUCUCGGGAAGGCUUUGAAGGAAGGAAUACGACAGAAAGUGGAGCUAGCAACAAAGUUUGGAAUUAGACCUGUGGAUGGAAAGCUGGAGAUUUGUGGUGAUCCAGCAUAUGUAAGGGCUGCUUGUGAGGGUAGCUUGAAAAGACUUGGAGUUGACAGCAUUGAUCUCUACUAUCAGCAUCGCAUCGAUACAAGUCUGCCCAUCGAAGUCACGAUAGGAGAACUUAAAAAACUGGUUGAAGAGGGUAAAAUCAAGUAUAUAGGUCUAUCUGAGGCCUCAGCUUCAACAAUCAAAAGAGCACAUGCUGUUCAUCCAAUAACGGCUGUACAGUUGGAGUGGUCAUUGUGGACAAGAGAUGUAGAGGAAGAGAUUAUUCCUACUUGCAGAGAACUUGGCAUAGGAAUUGUAGCAUACAGUCCACUUGGACGAGGAUUCUUCUCAUCAGGUCCAACGCUGAUUGAGAAUUUUUCUGAAGGUGAUUUCCGUAAGAAUUUGCCGAGGUUUCAAUCAGAGAAUAUGGAGCAUAACAAGAACAUGUACGAGCGUGUCAAUGUCAUUGCUUCAAAGAAGGGUUGUACCCCAUCACAGCUAGCAUUGGCCUGGGUGCAUCAUCAGGGAAACGAUGUUUGUCCCAUUCCUGGCACCACCAAGAUUGAAAACCUCAAUCAGAAUAUAGGAGCUUUGUCUGUAAAACUGUCUGCAGAAGAUAUGGCUGAACUGGAAUCCAUUGCUUCAGCUGGAAUCAAGGGUGACAGACUUCCCCCUGGCUUUGAUAGUUGGAAAACCUCCGAUACUCCACCUCUGUCAACGUGGAAGGCCACAUGAAUACUGCCUUUGUUAUGCUAAUAAUUCAUGUAGCUGUCUAUCUGAAUAAUGCAUUUUCACUGUUGUUGAGGGUGAGUGAAUUGUAACUGUUCCAAUAAACUGCAACCUAAGUGACAGUGUUCUGUUGAGGGUUGAUUUAUUUUAGAGUUAUCUUAUACAAGGUAAAGAACUAAAUAUAGAGGUUGUAAUGGAUAGAAAUCUGGUAAUGUAAAAAAAUUUCUGGCUGGUCUUUUC